AUGGCAGCCGCGCCCACGUCGCACCAGCUCGCCGCCGGGGCGCCCUGGAGCUCCCUCCCCCGCGGCGGGUUCCGGGCGCUCACGGACUCCGCCCCCGCCUCCGUCCGCUUCUCCGUCGGCCGCCGCCGCGCCGCCCGCCUAGAGGUGAAGGCGGCUGGAAAUAUCUUCGGGGACUACUUCCAGGUUGCAACUUAUGGAGAGUCUCACGGAGGUGGCGUUGGCUGCGUUAUCAGUGGUUGUCCACCCAGAAUCCCACUCACCGAGGAAGACAUGCAAGGAGACCUUGAUCGAAGGCGGCCAGGUCAGAGCAGAAUAACAACCCCAAGGAAGGAGACCGAUACUUGUAAAAUUCUUUCAGGGACAUAUGAAGGAAUGACCACUGGGACGCCGAUUCAUGUUUUUGUCCCAAACACGGAUCAAAGAGGGGGUGAUUACACUGAAAUGGCUAAGGCAUACAGACCUUCCCAUGCGGAUUUAACUUAUGACCUCAAGUACGGUGUUAGAUCUGUUCAGGGAGGUGGAAGGUCAUCAGCAAGAGAAACCAUUGGAAGGGUAGCUGCAGGAGCUGUUGCAAAGAAAAUUCUUAAGCUCAAAUGUGGAGUAGAGAUUCUAGCAUUUGUUUCCAAAGUGCAUCAAGUGGUACUUCCUGAAGACGCAGUUGAUUACGAAACUCUUACCCUGGAUCAGAUAGAGAGCAACAUUUGUAGAUGUCCUGAUCCAGAAUAUGCACAGAAGAUGAUUGAUGCAAUUGAUAAAGUACGGAUUAAUGGGAAUUCGAUUGGUGGGGUGGUCACAUGCAUUGCCAGAAAUGUUCCUCGUGGGCUUGGCUCUCCUGUAUUUGACAAACUUGAAGCUCUACUGGCAAAGGCUAUGCUUUCUCUUCCUGCAAGCAAGGGGUUUGAGAUCGGUAGUGGAUUUGCAGGUACUGACCUAACUGGAAGUGAGCAUAACGAUGAGUUUUAUAUGGAUGAGGCUGGAAAUGUGAGAACACGAACCAAUCGCUCAGGCGGUGUACAGGGAGGGAUAUCAAAUGGUGAAACUAUAUACUUCAAAGUAGCUUUCAAGCCAACAGCAACUAUUGGGAAGAAGCAAAAUACUGUAACAAGGGAUCAUGAGGAUAUCGAACUAAAGACAAGGGGUCGCCAUGACCCAUGUGUUGUCCCUCGGGUUCACAGAGGAAGUAGUGUCCUAUCAUCUGAUCUUUCCCCCGUCAUUGCUUUUGUAGCUGUUCCAAUGGUGGAGACGAUGGCCGCAUUGGUCCUCAUGGACCAACUGAUGGCACAUGUUGCUCAAUGCGAGAUGUUCCCGCUGAACCUUGCCCUACAAGAACCAAUCGGCUCUGCGAACAGUACACCUGCGUUGGCACCAGAUCUAGCAUAA